AAGCUAACCGACUCAAGAGGGUUCCUUCUUCUUCUUCAACCUCCGAGCGAGAGGUUAACGCGAUCGGAAUAAUGGAGCCGCAGAACGAAAAGGCGGAAGAAGGAGAUCGACUCGAAGAAGCGACGGGAGAGAAGGAGUUUGUGGAAGAGAGUAAAGAGAAAGCGGCGGAGAUGAGCCGUAAGGAGAAGCGAAAAGCGAUGAAGAAAUUGAAGAGGAAGCAGGUGAGGAAGGAGAUAGCGUCCAAAGAGAGAGAAGAUGCGGAAGCCAAGUUAAACGAUCCGGCGGAGCAGGAGAAGCUGAAGGCGAUCGAGGAAGAGGAGGCGCGGAAGAGAGAGAAGGAGCUGAGAGAGUUCGAGGAGAGUGAGAGAGCUUGGAGAGAGGCUAUGGAGAUUAAGAGGAAGAAAGAGGAAGAGGAAGAGAGGCGUUGGAAGGAGUUAGAGGAGUUGAGAAAGCUUGAGGCUAGUAGGGAUGGUGAAUGUGGUGAGGAUGGUGAGUAUGAGUAUAUAGAAGAAGGGCCUCCAGAGAUUAUAUUCAAGGGUAAUGAGAUUAUUCUCAGAAAGAACAAAGUGAGAGUUCCAAAAAAAUCAGUACCUCAGGUGGAAGGAAAUGAGAUUGCUGACAGGCCUACAUCAAAUCCUCUACCUCCGGGAACAGAAGCUUUGCCAAAGUAUCAGAAUGUUAGUUCUGCUCAACAGAUUCUGGAUAGUGUUGCACAGGAAGUACCCAACUUUGGAACUGAGCAGGAUAAAGCUCAUUGUCCUUUCCAUUUAAAGACUGGAGCUUGUCGGUUUGGCCCGCGUUGUAGCAGGGUUCAUUUCUACCCGGAUAAAUCGUGCACUAUACUUAUGAAGAACAUGUAUAAUGGUCCUGGCAUUGCUUGGGAACAUGAUGAGGGGCUUGAGUACACAGAUGAGGAAGCUGAACACUGUUACGAAGAAUUUUAUGAAGAUGUUCAUACGGAGUUCCUGAAGUAUGGAGAACUUAUUAAUUUCAAGGUAUGUAGAAAUGGCUCAUUCCACUUGAAGGGCAAUGUAUAUGUACACUACAGAUCACUGGAAUCAGCUGUUCUUGCCUACCAGUCCAUUAAUGGUCGAUAUUUCGCUGGUAAACAGGUGAACUGCGAAUUUGUCAACAUCUCAAGAUGGAAAGUCGCCAUAUGUGGGGAGUACAUGAAGUCGAGGCUUAAAACUUGCUCUCGUGGAUCUGCUUGCAACUUUAUCCAUUGUUUCCGAAACCCUGGUGGAGACUAUGAAUGGGCUGACUUUGACAAACCACCUCCAAGAUUCUGGAUUCGCAAAAUGACCGCUUUAUUUGGUUAUUCAGAUGAAUACUUGAGGCACAUGGAGCGUGAAUAUUCAGGGUCAUUAAGGGAUUGUAGAUCAGAUCAACUAACAGAUUCACAGAGGCAACCUUCAAGAAGAUCUAGAUCGAGGGACCAUGAUCAUGUGAACGUGGGGUCUAAACCUUCUUAUAGGAGUCGAGACAGUUCUCGCGGGCACAGACAUAGUAGGCAUGAAGAGAACCAUCAUGGUGGAGAUGGAAGUCCUAACAGUACUAGAGACGGUAGUUUAGAGAGGGAGAUUUAUAAAGAGCCACGGCAUGGUAAAGAGACAUCGCGUCACGAAAGCAAAUGGUCCGAACACUCUCCUACACAUCGAGUGCCGAGGAAAAGAAUCCACGAGAGGUAUUCCGAUGAUGAUUCAGGAGAUGACGACGGCAGGGGAGAGACGUCUCACAAACGGAAAAGCUCAAGGCGUUAUCCCAGAAGAGGCUCAGAUUCAGAAGUUCAAGAACAGCUGGACGAUCAAGAGGAGUCGAGAACUCACUGGUCUAGUUCUGAGAGGAGAUCAAGAAAAGAAGAUGAUAGGGAAGGAUCAUCAGCUAGUCAGGAGGAGAGUCGUGCACACGAUAGGGUUCAUGCAGUUGGUGAUAAGUCGCAGAGGCAAAGAAGCAGCUCAAGAUAUUCACACGAGAGAGACUCGAGUGAAAGUAGACAUCGCCGGCAUAGAGGAUCAUACGAUGGAGAAAAUGACAGGAGAAGAAGUGUGGAGACUAGUCCCAGAGAUAAAGAUAGGGACAAGAGCAAGCAGAGACAUAGUUACAACAAGACCGGUGAUCCUGAUUCUUCUAAUCGAGGCAGGAAAGGUAAACAAGGCCGAGAAUCGCAAGAAGUCAAGCGGAAUGCAAGUGGUUCAUCAAGUGAUGAAGAGAGAGAAGAAAGACACAAAGAGAGAUCUCAUAGUAGUAGCCAUAGGAAACGAAGAAGGUCAUCACAACACUCAUCACACGAGCAGACUCCAAAGGAACCAGAGGAGAUUGAGCGUUGGAGACCAAUGUGAUCAUCCUUCAUCAUUUAUCUCCUUUGUAAAACUUUAGUUUCAUCACCUGAUUUUUUUUACUUUGGCGAAAAUUAAAUUAAUUUUAAAGAGAAA